AUCUUAUUUAUCUAUUUAUGUAUUCCGUUUGCCUAUGUGUGUGAUAUUGUAAUGAUGCAAAAAUGUUAGGCAAUAUUAGAAAUGGUUUUUCUCUCUUAUCGCGAGAUAAAAAUAUAUUAUUUAAAAGAAACAAUUUAUCACAAGUAAUAUUUAAUAUUAGAAAUAAACAAAGUACUGUAUCUACUAAAAAUCAACAUGGAGCGACAGAAACUGAUAAUGACGAUGUUAAUGAUGAACCUAUUAAAUUCUCUUCUUCAAAAGCUGCCUCUAUGAGAAUAAACGAAUAUCGUCAACCAUCUGAAUAUGAAGAACCAUGGUAUCAAAUAUAUAGCAUAGUGUUCAGCUUGGCUGCUUUUCUAAUAUAUUUCUGUAUCUUAAGAGAGGAAAAUGACAUCGAUUCGAUACUCUACACUAAUUUGGAAGAUACACUAAAAAAAGUCGAAAAAUCAACACAAAAAGAAGCUAAAUCAUGAUAGUUUUAAGUAUAUCACCUUAGCUUAUUUUAUGUAAUAUUAUUGUCCUUGUUAUGUAAUAAAAUAAUUAUUUGUUCUUCAUAAUUUAAUAUCUUUUUUUCUAUAACAGAUAUAAUAGAUGUUAUAAUA